UGCUAAAUGACUUAAAUGUAAUGUAAAUCCUCACCACCAAAUGUACCAUCAUUAUAGUUACAAAGAAGCCAUUUUGUUUUUUAGUUGAUACACCAAUUUUAAAUAACAUUUUGCAGUCGUUGCAAUAUUGCUCUCGAGCUAAUCUACCUUAUCUGUAAAUAAUUACAGAAACUUAAAAGAAGCCCUUUUUUCCUCUUGCGAUUCAGGUGGGCUUGGGGCCAGACCUUUAAAUACACAUUCAAAUGGUAUUCUCUCUACACAGCUCCUGCAGCACUUUGGGCCCUUACGGCCAUUUAAUGGGUCUGAUAAAUAGGGUUUGCAGAGGGCUGAUUUCUUAAUGCUGAUGUAUGGUUCUGACGGGACAGGUGCUGGCUCCUCAGCUUCCUAACACCACUGUAAUUAAUCUCAUGUGUCAUGUGAUGAACCUAAAGCCCAGGUGGAGCCCAGAACAGACCAGAACACAUGAAUUAUACAAUGAAAAAUCUCAAUGGUAAUGAUUUCCCACCCUGGAUGCGCACGAAGGCACGUGGACACAUGUGCAAGCACACACACAUUCACACACUCACAGGUAGGUGACUUUGGUCUCCUUGAUUUACAUUUCUCUUUCAUCUCCCUUUUCUUAGAAGAACAGAGUACCGGGCUCCACUUUGAAUCACACUUUAGAAUUGACAAAGAAAAACAUCCUUGACACGUAUGCAUUUUCAUGGAUGAGAAGGAUAUGAGCCAUAUGUGAUUCAUUUGCAGCGGCAUCCUUCCAUUAAUCUGCUGUGUGGGGUGGCGGCGUGACAGCCGCUGGUGCUCGGCCCUGUGCCACCCGAAGAAGAGUUAUCUCCUCAGGUCCCACCCUCUGGUUAAUAAUUGGAGAAGAAAGCUGUCCUGUUCAUUAAUAUGCCUCACAUUACCAUCACUCACUGGCCUAGUUAAUGUUUACUGUGCUGUACAGCAGGCCGAAUCAUAGCAGAGAAUGUCCGGAUUGAUCCUGGAUUGUCAUUAAGAUGCGUUUACACUUGAUUUUGGAUCAUCAUUUAGAGCUAAUGACUUUGUGUGAGGAUUGGGGGAAAGCAGCUCAAAUUGUUUCCGAUUAUGUUCCGCUAUUUAGCUGUGUUGAUCCUGCAUUGUCAUAGUUGUGUUCAUCCUGGAUUGUCAUUUUGUUCUGUUGAUCCUGGAUGGUCUUGUGAUAUCCAGCAUUUUCAAGAAGUAAAAAAUACAAAAUGUUCACGCAGAACUGUGAGUAACGGAUCUACCGUGAGGAUAGAUUUGGAAGUGGGGAUUGGGAUUUGAAGUUACCUGAGAGAGUUGUAACAGUUGAAUGAAAUCUAGAAUGUGAGGUGGGGUGCAUCCCAAAUGUCACCCUAUUACCUAUAUAGCGCUUUAUGGACCCUGGUCAGAUAGAAGUAGUGCACUAUAGGGAAUAGAGUGCCAUUUGGGAUCUAGCCUGAAAAAGAACCAGUGUGAAUCUGACUGGAUCAUGGAGAGAGAAAGGAACAUUAUGCCAGAGAAGAAAGGAGCAUUUGUGACUUCACUUCACGAGCACUUCACUUAGAUCGGCAAAAUCCACGAAAGUCACCAACUGACAUUUUGAAACAGUGUAAUUAUGGGGUGAGCAACUGUUGCAACUCCUCUGUAUUUUUAAUGGAAAGGAGGAACGUGAUGGAGUGCUGUUUCCUUUGGCUAAAAUUCCUCUCUGUAUGAUGCAGGCAUAUGAUGUGAAAAGGAAUGGUAAUUGACAAUGAUAAUAAUCAAUGUAUCCAUUUGAAGAGUCACUGGGGGACAGCAUGUUCUGCUUUCUUCAGUGUCUUGCACUUUCUCUAGCUUCCCCAUUGCUUUCUCCUACUGAAACUUUUUCAAAAUGUUCCUAUUCUUCCCCUCUCAACCCAACUCUUAGCCCUACCCUAUUUAUCUUUCUUAUCACCCUGGCUUCUCCUAUAUAUUUAACUCUGUGUCAACAACUUGACUUGCUCCUUUCUCCCCCUCUCCUCCCCGGGAGGAGGUACUGUAUGGGCUGCAGCAGUCAGGCAAGAAGCGAAGCAGCUCUUGCUUCUCUCUCUCGCUCUCUCUCUCUCUCUCAUUUUCUCUGGUGUAACUAGCUAUGUUUACACUCUACAUAUUAGGGGUUCAACAAGGGUUCUUCUAAGAUCCUCAAAGUUCUUAGAAGAACCGUAGUGUUCUAGGCACUGAAAAUUGCAGACAAAAGGUUCUUCCAAGACCUGGGGUUCAUCGAGGAACCUCCUUAGUUGCCCCACUGAAACAUUUAACAUUUGGAUUUGAAAGAACAGCAGGGGCAGGCAUUUAACUGAACAAUGUUAAGAUCUCCUCAAUUUAAGGUGGUAUUGAUAUGUUAUGCAGAUCACAUUUAUCAUCCUCCUCCCCUACCUCUUCAAUGAAAAUCCCACAGGCCUCUACAUUAUGGACAAGGCCUCUGGAUCCAAAUGUCAAUUCCAACGGAGGCAGCAUCAGUCUGGGCCCAGCCGUGUGUAACGUGAGCGAGUGAAACAACAAGAGAGUGAAAGACAGAGAGAGAGGAAGAGAAGGAGAAGGAGGGGUCUCUCCGAUGAUAACCCUGAGUGUACCAUACAUGGCUCUCUGGUAGCCACCAUUUUAAAUUGGCCCUUACAGUGCACUGCGGCGGCUGACUGAGAGUGAAAAUGUGAUGAGCUUUGCUAUCAUCCCCCGUAGCGAGCUAGUGAGUGUGGAUGGCGGCCGGUGAAGGAGGCACAUUGCUUAAUGAGACCAUUGCUCUUGUGUUAGGACGCUUAGGACAGGCAAUUACGGAGGAAUUACCACCAGAGGCCUUUUCCAGCACUGCUGCUGCCGCUCCACCACUGCUUACUGCUGGAGCAGCAAACUAAGCAUUCACGGCUGGUUACAGAACUUUUUUAUUCGGGUGGAUUUUUACUAUUUUGUUCUUUUUUUCCCUCUUUUGCUACUGGCUGUUGUGAUUGUCAUUUGUCGUUCUUUUAACGACAGCUCCAUCAGUUCUGACCUAUCGUUUAUAAUGGAGCUACAUCCAUUGCGCGUGUGGAAUAAGGACUGGGCCUCUUUCCUCAGGCCAUGGAUACCCAUACUGCUGGGCCUGCACAUGCAGUUCUACCGGGCGUCUGGCUCAAGCUGCCCAGAGGAGUGCCGCUGUGACAGGACCUUUGUUUACUGCAAUGAGAGGAGCCUGACCUCGGUGCCUCUAGGGAUCGGAGAGGGCUACAAGACCCUCUACCUCCACAACAACCAGAUCAACAAUGCCGGCUUCCCCUCGGAGCUUCACAACGUCGCCUCCGUGGAGACUGUCUAUCUCUAUGGUAACCAGCUGGACGAGUUUCCUAUCAACCUGCCCAAGAAUGUACGGGUACUGCACCUGCAGGAGAACAACAUCCAGACCAUCUCCAGGGCCGCGCUGGCUCAGCUGCUGUGGCUGGAGGAGCUCCACCUGGACGAUAACUCUAUCUCCACAGUUGGGGUGGAAGAAGGGGCAUUCAGGGAGGCCGUCAGCCUCAAGAUGCUCUUCCUCACCAAGAACCACCUGAGCAGUGUCCCUAUUGGUCUCCCUGAGGACCUCAAAGAGUUGCGAUUGGACGAGAACCGGAUUGCAGUGAUCACCGAGGAGGCGCUCAGGAAUGUGACGAGGUUAGAGCGCCUCCUGCUGGACGGGAACCUGCUGACGGAUGAGGGUGUGGCCCCUGGAACCUUCCAGGACCUGGUGACACUACGGGAGCUGUCUCUGGCGCGGAACUCCCUCACCUACCCGCCCCCACUUCUCCCAGGGGAUGUUCUGGUGAAGCUGAACUUUCAGGAUAAUCAGAUGAAUGAGAUCCCUGUGACGGCCUUCGCGGGGCUGAGAAAGCUGGAGAGGCUAGAUAUUUCCAACAACCAGCUGCAGUCCCUGACAGAGGGGGUCUUUGAUGGCCUCGUCAGCCUCAGACAGCUCACUGUUCGUAACAACCUUUGGCUGUGUGACUGCAGCAUUAACUGGGUCAUACUGUGGUUAAAGUCUCUGCCAGUCUCCCUCAACGUGCGCGGCUUCAUGUGCCAGAAGCCCGAAACUGUCCGGGGCAUGGUAAUCAGAGAGCUGAACACCGAGCUCAUCCAGUGCCCUCGCAGCACCACGGCUGCCCUGCUGCCCACCCACUUGCCCCCCACCUCGCCAGGCCUCACCACCCGCUUCCCUCCCUCCUCCACAGGCUACCCCUCAGACACAGAGUCUCUCUCUCCCCCAUUAAGGCUCCCCUUAUCACCCACACAUAACCCCCCUCUCCUCCCCUCCUCCCCUUCCAGAGAUGGGGAACAGAGGACUAACCUGCCACCCCUGGACCCUGAGCGGGAGACCCUGCAGAUCAAGUUCACCAUACUCAAUGGUUCAGCCAUCCACGUCAGCUGGGUGGCCUCCUUUCCUGUCACAGCCUACAAGGUCACCUGGGCCAAGAUGGGUCCCAGCCUGUCUGGAGACACAGUGAGGGAGAGGAUGGUGGGAGGGGAGCACCGGGGCAUACGUUUGGUCAACCUCAAGCCUAAGUCCACCUACCGGAUCUGUGUCAUCCCGUUGGAUGCGUUCAAUAACUACCGGCCCAAGGAUGAUACAGUGUGUUCAGAGGCUGUGACUAAGCCGGUCUCCUAUGGCCAAGGUAAUAAUACAGGGCCACCGGGGCCGGAGCAGGCCACCCAGCAGGACCCCAGUUCUCCCUUUCUUCUGGCUGGCCUCAUCGGAGGGGCCGUGAUCGUAGUUCUGGUGCUUCUCCUUAGCAUAUUCUGCUGGCACAUGCACAAGAAGGGCCGGUCGUCCUCGGCCAAGUGGAAAUACAAUAAGGGCAGGAGAAAAGACGACUACUGCGAGGCAGGAACCAAAAAGGAUAACUCUAUACUGGAAAUGACUGAGACCAGCUUCCAGAUAGCGUCCCUGAACAACGAGCAGCUCCUCAAGGGAGACUACCGCAUACAGCCCAUUUAUACCCCUAAUGGGGGCAUUGGCUUCAGAGACUGCCCUCUGGGAAGCAAUAGCACAGUAUACUGCAAGAACAAUGUUCAAGCAGACGCAGACUUUUGCCGUACAUGAUGGUUUUGCAUAGCAGAGUGUUAUAGAACCCCCUUUGUAUUAACAAAUACACUUAACUACAUACAGUACACUGAAAAGUAUAUUUCAAAGACCUCUGUGUCUGCAAUGUAAUUUAUACACCGGCUGGGCUAUAAUGUUGAAUUCAGCUAACUUUUAUAUUCCCUUAGUAAAAAAUGCUAAUUGAUUUAUAAGUUAUUUAUUUCUCAAAGUUGUGUAACUCGGUUCUGUGCAGACAGUUCUUUACAAUCAGAGCUUUCUUUCAUCAUCUUAUAUUUUGAGCUCCAUAAAGAUUGGGCCAUGUGGAAGUCAUAUGAUAGUCAGACGGUCUACUCAUUCCUAUAAAAAUAGCCUAGCCAGUAAUGAGUCUAACAUGCACAAUGUCCAUAACAGAUAUAUCUACAUCCCAUGUUUUGGCAUAGGAAAUUAAAACAAAAAGGGUUUAUGUCAUAGACUUGAUGUGGCAACUCAAUGUGACAGAGAGAAAGGACCAACCAUUCAGGAAAUGAGCUUUGGGGAUACAUAUUUUCUCACAGUAAGGAUUUGAGAGAGAAUGGGAGAGAGUCUAGGAAGGUGGAGGGAAAGAGAAAGGGAAAGAGGGAGAGAAUCUGUUCAUUCAAAUGCACCACAAGAGGGCAGAAUUUUUCAUUAUUGUCAAUGAUUCAUUCAUGAUUCUUGAUCUUUUUAUUUGCUUGGACAUUGCUGAGUAUUGAAUAGUAGUUCUGCCUAUGUAAGUAAUACUGCAGUGAGUGUCUCUCUUUCAUCAUCUCAUCUACAUAACAAAGACACAUUUCUAUGAACACAGUUUUGAGAAGUGUUGGUCAAAUGGCUGCAUGGAUUCCAGGGCUGGUAGACAUAAAGUGUCUCAGAUUAGAUGUGCUGAUCUAGGAUCACGUCCCCCUCUGUCAUCUUAUACAAAAUUGGCUACACUGAUCCUAGAUCAGCACUCCUAUUCUGAGAUGCUUGAUACAUGUGGCAUCUGAUUCAAGUACUUAUUUCAGUAACAACACGCGGUUAUGUUGUUGGCCAGUGGUCAUUCACCACAACUUGGAAAUACUGUUCAUGAAAUGGUAGUAGGCUACUGUAGUAAUGGAGUUUGUUGAACCUUUUUGAUUGUUUCCCAAGCUGUUUAAAAAAACCAGCUUGACUCAGCAAAUCAUGCACAGGUCAUAGGUUUGUAUCUUAUGCUUUCCAAAAAAACGAAAAUUAAAGCAUAAUUAAAGCAUAAGGAAGCUGUACGUCGUAUAGUUGAGAAUGAAAGAUCAACAAGCACAUCUGUCAAGAUAGUUGGAUACAAAGCAACUAUUUGAGUUUAUGUUCAGCAAAACAAAUAUGUUAUGGUAAUAUAUUAUAUGUGCCUUGAAAUGAUCAGCUCAUAAUGUAAGGUCUUUUGAAUCCAUGUGUUUUUUGCACAAAAGUGUAAUGUAAAUACAUUCAAUUGACAUUGAAUUGUUGUUGGAAAAAAUUGAUUGCCUCGUAUUUGAUUAUUUAUUUGUAUCUUGUUGCUUUAUCAGUCUUAUUGCAUCUCUUUAUCACUUAAGAAAUGUUUUAUCUGUGAUGCUACGGUCUUGGGUCUCUGGGAAAUUAUGUAGAGAGUCUAUAUCAUCGAUGCUUUGAGUUAUUUUUCUACCAAAAUGUGUCCUCAGCUCUCACAAAAGUCGGGCCCUAAUUUGGAAGGGACACGUGAAGGCUGGAGAAUAAAUGUUUAAAAAAAGAAAGUCAAACACUGAAUGGUACCCUUGAGAACAAAUUCUGAGAUGAUGAUACUGCAAUUUGUUUGUCACA